CCCCUCCACUUCCAGUGAAAGUCCUCGGGCCCGCAGACAUGAGGUCCGCCGCUGCCCUGUCGAUCCUUCUCUGCAGUGUCGGAUGGAUUGCGUGCAAACCUUCGUCGCCGUGUCCGAGCGGUCAGUUCAUGCUGAAGAGCCAGUGUGUCCUCUGCCAUCCCACCUGCACCGAGUGCGACGGACAUGAGCUUUUUGAAUGCACUACCUGUGGAGUUGACAAAGAUGGACAGGAACGUUUCCUCAACCAAGGUCGCUGUCGGACACAUUGCCCCCGGGGACUCUACCCUGACAGAGGUCACUACGAGUGUCUGCCCUGCAUAGCCAAUUGUGAACUGUGCACAGAUGGCAACAUAUGUGCCAAAUGUCAGGAGCGCUACAAACUUCAGAACGGGGUUUGCCAAACGGUGUCCUGCAGCACAGGGCAGGUGCAGGACCCUGACACAGGAGAGUGCAUCGACUGUGAGGCGGGCUGCAGCACAUGUUCCACUGAAGACCCGGAGAUCUGCAACAGCUGUGUUGAAGGUCACUUCCUCUUCAGGCACCAGUGUCGCAGACAUUGUCCACAGAGCACCUAUGAGGACUGGGGCAGGGGUGUGUGCCUCCCCUGUCCGACACCGUGCACUGAUUGCAGGAGUGAGAAGCGCUGCCUAGCCUGCCAGCCUGGCUACUUCCUACAUGGUGGCGAGUGCACUAAACAGUGUCCACAGCAGACCUACAGUGACUCCAGCGGGUGGCGCUGUCAGCCUUGCCAUAGUUCCUGCCUGACUUGUUACGGACCACGUUUGAGCGACUGUGAACGUUGUCUUGCCGGGAACCCUUCUCUGCAUGGACAGUGUCCUCUGGUUAACUGCCCUCUGGGACAGUACUAUGAUGGGAAAUACAGUGCCUGCCAUUCCUGUGAAGCUUCCUGUAAAACCUGCUUUGGACCUCAAGGACAGGAUUGUUCAUCUUGUUUCAAAGGCUACUUCUUGGAUCAGGAUGGUUCUUGUGUAGCCCAGUGUCCACCUGGAACCUAUGCAAAUUCUGCCACUCAGCUGUGUGAAGACUGCUCUCCAAACUGCGAGGCCUGCAGUGGCACCAGUGACAACUGCAUCAGCUGUUCCAAAGGCUCCUUUAAACUUUUCCUCCACCAGGGUCGAUGCUGGUCUAAUUGCCCAGAAGGUUUUUUUGAGACGGCCAUGGGUGUGUGUGAGUCUUGUGACAGCUCCUGUCUGACAUGUGACGGCUCCAAGUCCCAGUGCUUGUCAUGCACUGAUGGCUAUUACCUAGGAGGUGGUACGUGCAGACUAAACUGCUCACUGCGGACAUAUCCAGCAGAGGACGGUACCUGCAGGCGCUGUCCUCCCCACUGUGACGUGUGCUCUGAUGACAGGACCUGUUUCAAGUGCAGUUUCCUGUACCUAAUGCUGAAUGGUGUGUGUAAAGCCAGUUGUCCUCUGGGCUUUUAUGAGGACAUGGAUGAAGGCCGCUGUGGUCAGUGUCACCCUACCUGUGCCACCUGCUCUGGGCCACUGGCAGACGACUGCGAGACGUGCUCAAUAAUUAGCCCCAAACUCUACAAGGGUGCAUGUUACAAGGACUGCAUCACUGGGACCUACUAUGAAGCAGAAGCAAGGGAAUGUCAAGAAUGCCACCAGACGUGUUCGACCUGUGCUGGACCGGAUCCAAAUCAGUGCACUCAGUGCAAGAAAGGACUAGUACUGGAUCCAAACACGUUAUUUUGUGGAGUGACAGGUGACACAGAUUGUCCUGAUGGAACCUACCUGCACGAUGACCAAUUCACCUGCAUGGGCUGCCAUCCAGAGUGCCACUCGUGUGAGGGUCCGGGAGAGAACGAAUGCCAGACAUGCCACAUCGCCAAGUACCUGCAGAACAGGACGUGUGUGAAGGAGUGUCCAAGUGGUAUGUACACGGAAAGACAGGAGGCAGAUGGAGAAGAUGUUGGAUUCUGUUUACCCUGUGAUCACAUCUGUGCCACCUGCACCGGAGCAUCGCCAAGAGAUUGCUUAACUUGUUCUCUGGGAUACCUGCGACUCCAGGAUCUCUGUGUCACUCACUGUCCAUCUGGAUAUUACAGAGAAGGAUACCACUGUGAGAAAUGUGACCAGUCCUGUGAGCUGUGCACAGGACCGGGGCCUGACUCCUGCAGGGCCUGCCCACCACCUCUUCUGGAGCUCCAGGGAACUAAGCUGUGUGUGGAAAGCUGCCUGCCCCGCUUUUACCAGCUGAAUGACAUCUGCAAACAAUGCCACACUAGUUGUCAAACCUGCACAGACGGCUCACCUCAAAGCUGCCUGUCAUGUGAUAUGGGUGGUACGCUGAAGGACAAGGUUUGCUAUCCACGUUGUGAGGAGGGGCGCUACUUUUCAGAGCAGGAAACCUGUGAACCAUGUCACGACUCGUGUCGCCACUGCAUUGGUCCCAGACCUGAUCAGUGUCUGACCUGUCACCGUGAUUUUGCUCUCCAUGCUGUGGAGAAUCGCUGUGCCCGCUGCUGCCAAAAUAGUGGGAAUGACACCGACUGCUGUGUCUGUGACAGCCGCUCAGCACUGUGUGUGGAGGCCCUCCAACCGAAAUCAGGAGAUGUCCAGGAAACAGACCUGAAAAUUGCCCCGAGGGCUGUACAUCACACCUCGGCUGCCUUACCCGUUUCCUUGUUGCUGGCACUCGGGCUGGCGCUGGCUGUUUACGUCUCGGUCAAAGCUCAUGCCCGGAAAAGGUUUUGCUGGAGCCAAAGCUAUGAAAGACUGAGAGGCAGUGCCAGCGUCAACAUGCCCCAUGGCGUGCCCGAGCCAGAUAGCGGGGACGAGGUGGACGUGGUGUACACCAGCAGAGGUGGAUCGGUGUAUCGACGCUACAGCUUCAUCCACGAGCAGGACAAUGAUGCCGACCAGGAUGUGGAUGAGAGCACUUGUCUAAACCAGUCCUAAAAAACAGAUUCAAACAAGAGUAUUAAUGUGAGGGUGAGCUUGUGAGUGCACACUGUUACAAAGACUGACAAGUGCAUUUAAAGUCAUUUAGAUUCUUUUCAAAAUAAAUGAAUAAUCAACGUAUGGUACCUUUUUUUUUGUUUAAAAAAAAGUUGUUGUUUUUUUAUUCUGAGAAGUGCCUGUGUCUAUAUAAAGCACAUCCUUGAAACUUUAGUGACUGAAAAAAUCCAUACAUUUGUGUUCAUGAUAAUUUUCUUUCUUUCUUUUUUUUAACUUGACAUUAAAGGGGUAUUUGUAAAAUGGCAAAAUCUCAUUAUAACUGAACUGGUUAAAAUGUGCAUGAUUUGUUGUAAAUAGAAAAAUAAUAAUAGAUCAUUUCUGCCUUUGCCCUGUGUUCAUACAAAGAAUUCCUCUGUUUUGUGUGAACAGAGCUUUAUAUUGAUAUUAGUUUUUUCAUGGACAAAUGAUUCAUGAUUUACAGAUGUAUUAUUUAAAAUACAUAAUUAACAUUAAAUAAAUAAAUGUGAAGCUAUUCUAAUGUGCUCUGUCCUGUGUGAUAGAUUACUGUAUUACUGUAAAUCUGUGGAAUUUAAUACACAAAGCACAAAAUGCAUCACAGGCAGCUGGUUUUCUCAGCAUCAAGUCCCACCUAGAAAUUGUCUGUGAGCAAUCCACCUCAUACUUUACAUGUAAUGUAUAGACUAUGUGUGUUUUAGUAUUAAAAAUAUUCUUGCUGAAUUGCUUAUGUAUCACUGUUUGAAAGAUGCUGGUUUAAAAAAAAUAGGUAACACAUGAACUCUGUCAUGUCACAAGGGGACCACAUCAGUUAUUGUUGUUAAAGAAAUGAUUUUUAAAAAAAAGCAGUUUUGUUUGUUCAUGAAUGCAGAAACAAUUGACAAAAAAAUUAGAAGAUCAUCAAGCAAAAUUACAUUAUUAUUGAGGGACUGAUUUGGGAGCUUCGAAGCUGCCGGGCUAGGAGGUUGAGGCUCCUACUGUAAAGGCUGUCCCUCUGUUCUGUGUAUUCCUACUAUCUUUUUUUGCUUUUUUUAUAUAUAUAGGAAAAGGGCAACACCAGGAUUUUCAUUCUGUGACUUAAAACUCAGUUAAUCAACUGUUUGCCACAGCCUUAAAAGGAAGAAAUGAGCAACAAAUGAACAGAAAAUCAAUCUAAAACAAGGCAUUAGGACUUUAGAUCAAUGGACUUUAGAUCAAUGGACAAAUGGUUUUGUGCAGUCAUAGGUUGGAGCCGCUGCCUUUCUUUUUUACUCUUUAAAAACUUUUCUCAAUGACUGCCCAAAAAGGCAACUCGUCAAACUAAACAUCAUUUGCAACACUUAGAAUUUUUAAAGGUGGGAGACAAUCUCGCUGCUGGUUUGCUAAAAGAACAAAAUGACAAUAACCAAUAACCCCUACUUUGACCUUUGGUAUAUGAACCUAAGACAAGAGCAAUCCUGUGACAACAAGAAGUUAUUUAACUUUCAAUGCAUUUGUUCAUACCUGAUUUGCAGAUAAGUGCAGUGAGCUUAAAUAAGUGUUGCCAGUGUAUCAUGUUUGAUCUGUAUACCAAUACUAAUACUAAUACUCAUACCAAUACUAAUACCCAUACUAAUAAUAAACUUAUUUAGUGAGUACUUAUAAUCCACAUGUAAUGUGAACCUACCUGACACACCUACCUAAGAGUUUACUGUUCUGUA